AUGACGAGCCGCCGCCACCGCUCGCCGUCCCCGGCGGCGCUGGACGACGACGACCUGCUCUUCGAGAUCCUCCUUCACCUCCCACCGCAGCCCUCCUCCCUCCCACGCGCCUCCCUCGUAAACAAGCGCUGGCGCCGCCUCGCCUCCGACCCCGGUUUCCUCCACCGCUUCCGCAUCCACCACCGCCGCAGCGCUCCCAUCCUCGGUUGCUUCGUGGAGCGAGCCCACGGCAUCUCCUUCGAACCAACUCUGGAGGCCCCCAAUCGUGUCCCGCCGGGGCGCUUCUCCUUACGGUUCGAGGAAGGCGACCGUUUCGGGCUCCUCGACUGCCGCCAUGAUCUCGUGCUCGUCCACAACCAGACACGGUGCAAGUUCCUUGUGUGGGACCCCAUCACCGGCGAGCAGCACCAUCUAGCCAUCCCGGCGGGUUUCGAUUCGGAAACGAACGAGAUCAGCGGGGCGGUGCUUCGUGCCGGGGGAGACGUCCAACACUUCGAGGUGGUCUUUGUACGCUACGACGACAUACGACAUGGACAAGCAGCGGUCGCCUGCGUUUACUCGUCAGAGAUGAGCUUAUGGAGUGACCUCAUCUCAACACCCCUUCCAUGGUUGAGCCCAUUUGACAACACAAUUUCUACGGCUCACCCUGCUGUGCUGGCUGGGGAUGCCCUUUACUGGUUUGUUACCGCGGGUUCGGAUGAAAUUCUUGAAUUUGAUCUCUGGAAGCACAAGUUAGCGGUGAUACAGCUUCCCGUUCAUGUGUAUGAAGAACACUUCACGUUUAGAAGGACAGAUAGUGGUGUGUUGGGCUUCCUCCAUGUAUCCAGCUUAACCGCACAGUUAUGGCAGAGGAAGACUGAUUGCGAAGGUGUUGCUUCAUGGGAGCUUGGAAGAACCAUUGAACUCGACAAAUUACUUUCCAUGAAUUCAGAGAACAGAUGGUACUCAAUGAUAUGCUUUGCUCAGGACAAUAAUGUGGUGUUCCUGUUGACAGUGGUCGGCCUCUUCGCGGUCCAGCUUCAGACAUUGGAGUUCAAAAAACUACCCCAAACCAACAUCGGAUCAUACUGCCUUCCAUUUGAAAGUGUCUACAACGCAGACAUUGGCGGUGAACAUGGUGGAGCUGACCUUUUUCACAAUGCAUAAGAUGACUGCCUGGUCAAAUGUGCUAUUAUGAUGUAUUGGCUGAUCAGGUAAGUUUAUUUUCUGCAUGUAAUUGUAAUUGAGGUAUCUGAAUUUUUGUUGUUGUAAAAGAUAUUGUUUUCCUUUUUACUCUUUCUGAAGUACCAAAUGGAAAGUGAGGAUUCCAAGAUUCUCUAUUUUGACC